CAGAGGAAGGACGCUUUAGUCUGCAGAGCCUCUAGAUGGCUGAAUUGGAGCUGAUUGCCCCAGGGCCACUGCCUGGGAUCACCGUUCACCCUUUGGCCCCUCUUGGCCCAGACCCUGGGUCAGCUAUCCCAGUACAAGAAGAGGAUGUGGACUCUCUGGGGAAGCCUGGAGAGGAAACCCAGGAGCAGGGCUGUGAUCCCACAAAGAUCAGUGCUCCUGGUAAUGAGGGGGAGGGAGAGAUCCUGUGUGACUUCUGUCUUGGGGCCAGCAGAGUAAAGGCAGUGAAGUCUUGUUUGACCUGCAUGGUGAAUUACUGUGAGGAGCACCUGCGGCCACACCAGGAGAACAGCAAACUGCACAGCCACCAGCUGACGGAACCUUCAAAGGACGAGGAUCGGCGGACCUGCCCUCUUCACCACAGCCCUCUGGUUGCCUUCUGCUAUACACACCAGCAGUGCAUCUGCCAGGAAUGUGGGGAGGGCGAGCACAGGGGUCACAACACCGUUUCCCUGGAUGCAGCCCGCAGGAACAAAGAGGCUGACCUUCGGUGCAUGCAGCUGGAGCUGGAACAGAAGCUCAAGUUGAACGAAAACGCCAUUGCCAGACUCCAAGCCAACAAUAAGUCUGUCUUGGCGUCAGUGUCAGAGGUAAAGGUGGUAACUGAAGAGAAGUUUGGGGAACUCCUUGCAGCUGUGAGGAAGGCCCAGGCCGAUGUCAUGCUGUUCUUAGAAGAGAAGGAACAGGCUGCACUGAAUCAGGUCAACGGCAUCAAGACCCACCUGGAGUACAGGAGCAUCGAGAUGGAGAAAAGCAAGCAGGAGCUGGAGAGGCUGGCCACCAUCAGCAACACUGUGCUCUUCCUGGAGGAGUACUGCAAGUUUAAGAAGACUAAAGAGGCUGCCUCCCCCAGCAUUUACAUAGGGCUGAAGGAUAAACUCUCAGGCAUCCGCAAGGUCAUCACAGACUCAACCCUGCACUUAAUCCAGCUGUUGGAGAGCUAUAAGGAGAAGCUCCAGGAGUCUGCCAGGGAAGAGGAAUAUGACAUCCAAACUCAAGUGUCUGCCAUUGUCCAGCGCAAGUAUAGGACCUCAAAACCUGAGCCCAGAACCCGGGAUGAGUUUCUCCAAUAUGCAUGCGACAUCACAUUUGACCCAGACACAGCACACAGGUACCUUCGCUUGCAGGAGGACAACCGCAAGGUCACCAACACCACGCCCUGGGAGCACCCCUACCCGGACCUCCCCAGCAGGUUCUUGCACUGGCGGCAGGUGCUGUCCCAGCAGAGCCUGUACCUGCACAGGUAUUACUUUGAGGUGGAGAUCUCUGGAGGCGGCACCUAUGUCGGCUUGACCUGCAAAGGCAUUGACCGUAAAGGGGAGGAGCGAAACAGCUGCAUUUCCGGAAAUAACUUCUCCUGGAGCGUUCACUGGAACGGCAAGGAGUUCACAGCCUGGCACAGUGAUACAGAGACCCCGCUCAAGGCAGGCCCUUUCCGGAGGCUCGGGAUCUACGUCAGCUUCCCAGGAGGAACCCUUUCCUUCUACGGCGUAGAGUAUGAUACCAUGACUCUGAUCCACAAGUUUGACUGCAAGUUCUCAGAGCCAGUCUACGCUGCCUUCUGGCUGUCUAAGAAGGAAAACGCCAUCCGGAUUGUGGAUCUGGGAGAGGAACCUGAGAAGCCUGCUCCAUCCUCCGUGGAGGCUGCUCCCUAGAUUCUAGGAUCAGCCUCCCAGACUUUGCUAACCUCGACCACUGGCAGCAGCUGGUGUUUUAAGGUGGUAGUUGGCUCUGGGAACUGUGUGGAUCCUAAGUGAACGAACUUUCCUGCCUGCUUGUCAUUACAGUUCAUGCAUGAAUGCAGAAACUCUAAGGCACCAAAGCUUCCCCCCAAAAUCUUCUAAUGAUGGGUCUGCUCAGGUCAUUGUCACCCUUUACAAUUUAUAGAAUUAUAGACUAAUUUAUAACUAAGGCUCUUCAGAGCCUAGCAAGACUGCACAGGAAUCAUAAUAAAUCACAAACACAUCAUUGUGAAU